UCUGAAUAAUUGAGGAGCGAUUCAGCAGCAGCCGCUGCCUCCCGUCUUCCUUUACCACCAUCACCGCUCCCACCUCAGCUCUAAGUGCAGAUCGCCGGCCAUCAGCAUCCAGGUCAUCACCUCCAGCCCCUCUGACGUUCAUGCCCAAGUCAAGACGGCUUUGGGUCCCACUGGGCCUUUCUUAAAAAGACACACACUCAUUGCUCCAUGAGUUCAAGGGUCAUCCACUAAGACUUCUGUACUCAUUACCGUCUUCAAACCUUCACUGCAACCGUACCAUUCACGAUGAGUGGUUUUCUGGCCUCCGUGGACCCCCGGCGGGUGCAGUGGGGGGCUGCCUGGUACGCAAUGCACUCUCGGAUCCUGCGCACCAAGCCAGUGGAGUCCAUGCUAGAAGGAACAGGGACUACCACCGCACAUGGCACCAAGCUAGCCCAGGUGCUCACCACCGUGGACCUCAUCUCUCUCGGAGUCGGCAGCUGCGUGGGCACUGGCAUGUAUGUGGUGUCUGGGCUGGUGGCCAAGGAAAUGGCAGGACCUGGCGUGAUUGUGUCCUUCAUCAUUGCUGCCGUUGCGUCCAUACUAUCAGGUGUGUGCUAUGCGGAGUUUGGAGUUCGAGUCCCCAAGACUACGGGAUCUGCCUACACCUACAGCUAUGUCACUGUUGGGGAAUUUGUGGCAUUUUUCAUUGGCUGGAACUUGAUCCUGGAGUACCUGAUUGGCACGGCAGCUGGCGCCAGUGCCCUGAGCAGCAUGUUUGACUCCCUAGCGAACCAUACCAUCAGCCGCUGGAUGGUGGACACAGUGGGCACCCUCAAUGGCCUGGGGAAAGGAGAGGAGGCCUACCCAGACCUUCUGGCUCUGGUGAUUGCUGUCAUCGUGACCGUCAUCGUGGCUCUGGGAGUGAAGAAUUCUGUGGGCUUCAACAACGUCCUCAACGUACUGAACCUGGCAGUGUGGGUGUUCAUCAUGAUUGCAGGCUUCUUCUUCGUUAAUGGCAAAUACUGGGCUGAGGGCCAGUUCUUGCCCCACGGUUGGUCAGGGGUGCUGCAAGGAGCAGCCACGUGUUUCUAUGCUUUCAUUGGUUUUGACAUCAUUGCCACCACUGGGGAAGAAGCCAAGAACCCCAACACAUCCAUCCCGUACGCUAUCACCGCGUCCCUGGUCAUCUGCCUGACAGCGUAUGUGACUGUGAGCAUGAUCUUAACGCUAAUGGUGCCGUAUUACGCCAUCGACACGGAGUCCCCCCUCAUGGAGAUGUUUGUGGCCCAUGGCUUCUAUGCUGCAAAGUUUGUAGUGGCUAUUGGAUCAGUGGCAGGACUGACAGUCAGCCUGCUGGGCUCCCUGUUCCCCAUGCCCAGAGUCAUUUAUGCCAUGGCUGGUGAUGGGCUGCUUUUCAGGUUCCUGGCUCACGUGAGCUCCUACACAGAGACGCCAGUGGUAGCUUGCAUCGUGUCAGGGUUCCUGGCCGCUCUCCUCUCACUGCUGGUCAGUCUGAGGGACCUGAUAGAGAUGAUGUCCAUUGGCACACUCCUCGCCUACACCUUGGUCUCUGUCUGUGUCUUGCUCCUGCGAUACCAACCCGAGAGUGACAUCGAUGGCUUCGUCAAGUUCCUGUCUGAGGAGCACACCAAGAAGAAGGAAGGCAUCCUUGCUGACUGUGAGAAGGAAACCUGCUCCCCUGUGAGUGAAGGGGAGGACUUCUCCAGCACUGCCACCAACACCUGUGGGGCCAAGAACCUGCCAUCCUUGGGGGACAAUGAGAUGCUCAUAGGGAAAUCAGAUAAGUCCACCUACAACGUAAGCCACCCCAACUACGGCACUGUGGACAUGACCACGGGCAUAGAAGCCGAUGAGUCAGAAAACAUCUAUCUCAUCAAGCUGAAGAAGCUGAUUGGACCCCGAUACUACACGAUGAGAAUCCUGCUGGGCCUUCCAGGCAAAAUGGACCGGCCCACAGCAGCGACAGGGCACACGGUGACCAUCUGUGUACUCCUGCUCUUCAUCCUCAUGUUCAUCUUCUGCUCCUUCAUCAUCUUUGGCUCCAACUACAUCUCCGGUCGGAGCUGGUGGGCCAUCCUUCUGGUUGUUCUGAUGGUGCUGCUGAUCAGUGCGCUCGUGUUUGUGAUCCUGCAGCAGCCAGAGAACCCCAAGAAGCUGCCGUACAUGGCCCCCUGCCUCCCCUUUGUGCCUGCCUUCGCCAUGCUGGUGAAUAUCUAUCUCAUGCUAAAGCUCUCCACCAUCACAUGGAUCCGGUUUGCGGUCUGGUGCUUUGUGGGUCUGCUCAUUUAUUUUGGGUACGGCAUCUGGAACAGCACCCUGGAAAUCAGCGCCAGAGAGCAGGCCCUGCACCAAAGCAUGUAUCAACGCUAUGAUGUGGAUGACCCCUUUUCCGUGGAGGAGGGAUUCUCCUAUGCCACUGAGGGCGAGAGCCAGGAGGACUGGGGCGGGCCAGCCGAGGACAAAGGCUUCUAUUACCAACAGAUGUCAGAGGCGAAGACAAACACCCGGACGAGUAGCAAAGCGAAAAGUAAAAGCAAGCACAAGCAGAACUCAGAGGCCCUGAUUGCAAACGAUGAGUUAGAUUACUCUCCGGAGUAGGGCUGAACUGCAGGCGCCGAGAGGGUGGCUUCUCUGUGAAUCCAGCCUGUGUGCUGGCAGGUGGAACCUUCUUCCCACUCUCAUUUCACAAACUUCCCCAAAGGCCAUCCCCAGGCACAACCUGUCAUUUGCUAUUUUUGCUGUUCAGGAAAGUUCUGUUGAAAGGUUUUACCCAGGGCCCUUAACUGACCCCCUUGUAAAAAAAAAAUCAAAAUCAAAAGAAAUUCUAUGUUAGCGAGCUGUCCCAGCCGAGGACAGCGAAUGUUUCCUUUGCAGGAUGGAUCUUCAUGCUAAGAUCCGAGCAGGCUUUUCUCCAACCCUACUGAGGCUCCAGGCCCUUGGGAGAGGAGCCACAAAGGUGGCCGUGGUGUGAGGCGGCUCUACAACCCCCAGAGCAGAACUAGGAGCUGCUCCCCGAGGCCUGUAGGUCAGGCUGCUUCAGGACUUUCUCAGUCAGCAACACUGUGUCCUUAAAUCUCACCUCCCCAAAACUAUCCACAGAGAAGACCGGCUUCUCUUUACUCACCAAAGUUCUUACAGUUUCCAGACUAUAAGGCUAGGAUCCAGAAAAGACAGAAGACUCUGAGACCAUAUUCCCCGUAAAACAACCUCAUAGUCAUCAAAGCAUAGUAAGAAGUACCACCAAAUCUUUACUUAAAUGCUCAAGAAAAAAAAGAAAGAAAGAAAAGCUGAAGUAACCGAGGUCAGGAAGGCAUUAGCAGAAAUGAACUGUCUGUCACGCUUUCCCUUACACCAGACUCUAAGCUCCCGCAGGUCUGGGGAAAGGGCAGAGGUCGAGUGUGAUUGCAGGCCUCUGAUAUGCCUGGAAGAAACGGGCUAUUUGUUCUAUAAUCAGAUAAAAAUCUAUGUGAGGAGCAGUAACCCAGCCACUGAGAUCACGUUGCAAAUCCUACUUCAUAUUUCUAAAAUUAUAAAAUCUGCAGGGUUUUUCCUCUUUGGCUAGGUGACUGCCUGAUUGGAUGCUGCUGGUUUCCAGAGAUGUGGAAGACCAGGAACUUGGGUCAUCUAGCUCAGAGAGCUCUAAUUCCCACCUGGACCUCCCUCCUCUGGGCUUGCUCACUUUUAGAGUUUUUUUCAUCUUAAUUCCGAAAGCACCGUCCCUGAGGUCCAGAGAAAUGACUGUCUGGUGGGGGUUAAGCAUAGGCCUCCAACGGGAUUCUUAAAGAAUUUUCUCCGAAACAGGAUAGAUGAAUUUACACAGAAAAUCAUGUGGCUUCUGUAGCAUGUGUGCACAUGUGUAUGAAAACAAAUUUCUCUCACUAAGAUUUCGGCGAGAAUUUUUUUUGGAAAUGGGGCAAAAGAGCAAAUUCCUUGCCCUCUGCUCCUCAAUUCAUCAUCCGCCAAAAAUUUUCAUGAAUAUCAACUAACAUCACUUCUUUCUUGCUUGCUCCGAGGCGCAUGUUUUCUUGGCAUGUACUUAGGUUACAGAGAGGAGGCAUGCUUCCUGUUGAGCUGACUGCCUAAAAUACACCAGCGGCUAAGUAGAGGCCACGAGGAGAUCUGUAACUUCAGCCCUCGGAACCUAGGAGACAGCAGGGUCCCAUGACAGAUACAAGAAGCUCCAACGUAACAGAUAAAGAUCAACUGAAGCUAUUGUUUUAAAUGACAUCUCGCUCAUCACUCCAUAGUAACUAUGGAGAACCCAGCUUCCAGUACUCAUUCUUGCCAUUUCUAUGUAAUGUCUGACAAAGCUGUUUCCUCUUGCCCAAACUUAACCAUCACAUCGCAGUGCCUGGCCUGCAACGAGUAUCCUGGAGAACUCCCUGUAAGAUAAUUAUGAGUCGUGUCUGUUAAAACUAAGUUUUAAACUGGGGUGGGAUGCAGAAAACCUGCCUAGUAGGAACAGCUAUUAAGCUGGGUCCGCUUCUCAAUAUACGGGGUAAUGUUCUCUUCUUUAGGUAUGGUUAGGAGAAAUAUGGAUGCAACGUGACAAAUCUUAACGUGGGUGGAAAGUUACGUCUUCCUGGUGGUGUUUAGGGAUUAAAGUAGCAAUGGUCUGGUGGCAGGUGUGUGCUAUUUCUGUAGCAUAAGAAAGAGCAUGGGCUUUACUGUUGAUGUCGUUGGUGUUGCUUCUGUGCAGAGCCAAUGAAUUAUUCUCAUCUCGGAUGCCAUCUUUCUCAGUUAGAAGCUUUAGAUGUUUUCAAUCGUUGCUCUCUUCAUUU